AUGCAAAGCACAAGAGCAUCCCCCCUCUCCCCACUCCUCCAUCAGCAGGACCAGAGCCAAGCGGCCGCCUACGCGGCGGCCUACGCCGCCGCGGCCACCACGCACGCAGCCAAACAGUCGGCCGGCAUGGGCAUUAUCUCUGGCAAACCCUCCGGGGACGGAAGAAACAAGCCCCCCUCCGGAGACCUUGACCAAGGCGGGGGAGCUGGGGGCGGCGGGGGCGGCGGCAUGCUUACGCUCACCAUGGACAAGGAGGCGGACGGGCCGAGGAAGGGGGCGGGCGGCGGCAGCGCGGCGUCUUUUCUGGGGGGCGGAGGGGGUUUGUUGAAGCUCAGCAUGGACGAGAACGGUCUAAAGGAGAUGCGGGAUAACAUGGCCGCAGCCGCGAAGAUCGUCCAACAACACCAUGCCGGGGGGGGGGGCGACGCGAGCGUGGCUGAGACGACGUACCAGCUGUCAAACCGCCCACCGUACUGUAACCGCCGUGUAUGGACUGGUGCUCCCCUUCCCCCCUUCUACAUCCAGCUCAACGAGCAGACCGUGCCGGCCAAGCGGCCGGCGAGCGAGGCUCCCAGCGACCAGCCCCCGCCGAAGUCCAUGGCGCCGAACCAGGCAGCGGCGGUCGGGGGGGCUAACAAUCCCUCCGCGGCGUCUUCGACGCCGGCGGCCGCCGCCGCCGCCGCCGCUCUCGCGGCGCACGGCGCGGCGGCGGCCCUGGGGUCCGUUCUAGGCGUCGGCGCCGGUGGUAGCUGCACGGCCGCCGGAGGCGUUACUGACGACGGGGCGGCGGCGGCCGGUGGUUCGAGCGGCGGUGGCGGUGGUGGCGGCAAUGCCGACAACGGCGGCGGCGGCGAUGGCAGCGGAGCCGGCAGCAAGCGACAGCACUUUCAGUUCGCGUACCCUUCGCCGGCGCACUUCGCGCAACAGGUGGCGGUCGGGACGGCGGGUGCGGCGGGCGCGAACGGCGCGGAAGGAGGCGCCGGUGUCGAUGCCGUUGCGGGGGCGAGCGGGGCAGCAGCAGGGAGGCCGUUCCCCGGCCCCCUGUCUCCGUUCGGGCACCUCCCGCCGGACAUGCAGGCGUAUGGCCCGCUUAACCCGGGGUCGUCCCCCCACCCCAACCCGCACCAGCAAGCGUACCCGUUCCUGCCGUACUCGCCAACGGCCCUUAUCGGUGGCGGCGGCGGCGGCGGCAGCAGCGGCGCCGGAGCGCCGACCAUGGAGAUAAGCUUGGACGGCGGCAGUGGCGGAGGGGUGGGGGCCCCGCAGAGGGGCCCAGGCGGGAGUGAGGGUGUGGGCGACUCGGAUGGGAGAGUCGUGGGCGGCAUGGAGAUCGUCGGACACCAGCUGGAGUUGUGGCAACGGAAGAUGCUGGUCGACGACGGGACCGACAAGUUCGCCGGCAGAGAGCUAGUACAGCUGGGCGCCACGGACCAGGCCCAGGCUCCGGCACCGGCACCGGCCCCAGCCCCGACCCCCGCCCCCCCCGCGACCCCGGUCCUAACCUACGACUCUCUUGUGGCGCAGCAGCAGCAGGAGUUCGAGGAGAAGGAACAGCAGCAGCGACAGCAGUAGGAGGGCGGGGAGGGGGAGUAGUGAUGAGCGGGCUCCUGAAGUUAGAAUCAGCGGCGGUUGCAACGGCAGCGGCGGAGAGUUGACCGUCGCCCCUCGUCCGCGAUGGUGGUUCCUGCCUCCCGCCGCGGAGGUCGCAGCUGAGAAAAGGGGGGGGGGGGGGGGGGGGNGGGGGGGGGGGGGGGGGGGGGGGGGGGGGUGAUGAUUUUUUCGGAUGUUUAUUGGUUGGGCUUGCCCGGGGAGGCCGGCGACAAUGCAACACAAACGCGGCGCGGCGUGGUGUUGUGAACUGAUUGGCACGACGGACGGGGUGUUUUUUUUUUCUUUUCUUCGUGGCCCGUGCUGUAGUGUAGUUCGUGCUUCGUCCUGGUGUUCCUGUGGCGUUGUGGGCCGGCCCUUAUGCUACCGAACCGAAGUGUACUUCUCUGUAUUACAAGACUUUUUUUGCGGGGGAUAUAUAUAUAUAUACGCACACUGCUAUACAUGUAUGAAUUUGCGUCUGUUUGUGCACGUGUAACAGCUGCAGCAGCAGCAGUCUGGUUGGAAGUGCUGCAUUUGUAGCAGCUGGGUUUUCGCUCUUGUUCAGCCCGGGCCUACAAUUGGGGCGAAAGAGCUGAAUUUUGCUGCAGUCACGGGGACGAAGCUGCCGGCCCGUUCCUUUUGAGGUUGCGCGUGUUUCGCGAGCUGCUAUGUCUAUAUCUACAGCGACGUUUGGGCACAAGCGGUCCCUCGGAUGCCCCACCAAGCAGUAUAAUCGGGAUUGAUUUCUGUUGGGCCCCGUGCCUCCCAAUUUUGUCACCGUAUCGAUAUUUCUACGUCCAAUGUCCACCUUCCUCAUGGCGACGUACCUCUGUGCGUAGAAGGCGUAACCAUGAAACGCUGGACGUCAUUUCGGCCGCGGGCGUUUUUUUUUUACGACGAUCGGACCGGGGUCGAUGAAAUCUCGACACACACACACACACGCAGGGGCCGUGGGCGGGAAAUCAUGUCGAAUAGCGGGCUGUAGCCGGAUGUUAGCCAGUCGCUGGCUUGGGGAGGUCUGCAAGUAAAUAUUGACUCGCGAUCUCCGGGUAACCUACGGCUAGCGAUAGAUGCGACUGAUGCGAUGCAUUUUUUUUUUCCGUAAGAAUUAUCUUUUGCUUG